UUCUCUGGACCACCCACUAAAGCACACUGCAACCCCCCUACAUUAAAGUCUCCCUUACAGCUCAACACCAUUCUAUCUCUCUUAUUAAGUCACUUCCUCUUUUCUCCUUCAAUUCAUCUAUCUUUGGAGUCAUAUUCAUUGCAAACAGGCAACAAGGCUCAAGGAAUUAGUAUUGUUUCUGUUAUGGGAAUUUGUUUUAGCAUCCAUAUUAAAGCUGAGAGCCAAUAUCUCACUGGGUUAAGUUCAAAGUAUGCGAGUUCCGAUGCAAAUGAUCUCAGAAGCCCAAGUAGUAAGGUUGAAAAUGAUCUCAGCAGCCCAAGUAGUAAGGUCUCAGUGCCUCAGACUCCACGGAGUGAGGAUGAGAUCUUGCAAUCAUCCAAUCUGAAUAGCUUUGCUUUCACAGAACUUAAGGCUGCCACCAGAAAUUUUCGUCCAGACAGUGUGUUAGGAGAAGGUGGUUUUGGAUCAGUUUUUAAGGGGUGGAUUGAUGACCAAUCACUGGUUGCUGCCAAACCUGGCACUGGCACUGUUGUUGCUGUGAAAAGUCUUAAUAAGGAUGGCUUACAAGGUCACAAGGAGUGGUUGGCUGAAGUCAACUAUCUAGGCCAGCUUUCUCAUCCUCAUCUAGUGAAAUUGAUUGGCUAUUGUGUUGAAGAUGAAAACCGCCUUCUGGUAUAUGAAUUCAUGCCUCGUGGCAGCUUGGAGAAUCACUUGUUCAGGAGAGGCUCAUAUUUUCAACCUCUUUCUUGGAGCCUGCGUUUGAAGGUUGCUCUUGAUGCUGCCAAAGGGCUUGCAUUUCUUCACAGUGCUGAAACAAAAGUGAUCUAUCGAGAUUUCAAGACUUCAAAUAUCUUGCUUGAUUCAAAUUAUAAUGCAAAACUCUCUGAUUUUGGGCUGGCAAAGGACGGACCAACAGGUGACAAAAGUCAUGUCUCAACCAGGGUAAUUGGAACAUAUGGAUACGCAGCUCCUGAAUAUCUAGCCACUGGUCAUCUCACUGCUAGGAGUGAUGUCUAUAGUUUUGGAGUUGUACUACUUGAAAUGUUAUCAGGAAGGCGUGCUGUUGACAUGAAUAGACCUUCAGGACAGCACAAUUUGGUGCAAUGGGCUAAGCCAUACUUAGCCAACAAGCGUAAGAUUUUGCGUGUGUUGGAUAACCGUCUUGAAGGGCAAUAUGAAAUAGAUGAGGCCUAUAAGGUAGCUACAGUCUCUCUACGAUGCCUUUCAAUAGAAUCCAAGUUGAGACCACACAUGGACGAGGUUGUUACAAAUUUGGAGAAGCUGCAGGUUCCUCAUGUUAAUCAAGGCAAUCGAAAUGGCUCUCGUGUUCGUAGAAAAAGUGCUGAUGAUGUUUCCCGUGGUAGAAUCAUCACACCUUAUCCCCGCCCCAAUGCUUCUCCACUCUCUACAUGAAAUUGCAAAUACACAUCCUUGAAAGCUGAAUGUCUCUCCCACCAUGAAGUCCAGCAUGUCCAUGUAUGACAUGUUAUCUAAGAUAUUGUACAUAUCUUAUCACAUCUAAUAUAUUCAGAACCAACCUGAGAGCGCCAAUGUCUACAUGACAUUAGUAUUGCAUGUAUUCUGGGUUCUGUCAACUGUUUUGUAACAAUCAAAAUAGAUGGGAAUGCAUGUGCUUUUGUAUGUGGCUCUGGUUUGCUCAAUUUUGUUGCGGUUUAUAUUGUUAACUUUACUAGUCUAUUUUG